AAAAUAUCAUCCCCGAUAUAUUUUUCUCUCUCCCCGUCCGAACUCCAUAAGCGCUGCAAUUUUUCCCCUUUCGCUCCUGUGCACGGAAGUAGAAAAGAGAAAGAAAGGAAAAAUAAUAAUAAUAAUUGAGAAAAUGGAUGCAAACGCUCAAGCCAUGGCUGCUCAAUCCAUGGUUUCUUCGUAUCUUCACCAUCAAAAACCAGAGCCUCUUCCUCCUCCUCUCUAUCACCAUGCCAUGGCGGCUCCUCCGUCCUCUGCUUUAAUUCCCCCUCUUCCUCCUGCCGAGACUACAAUGUCCCCUGUAAUUCAACAGAGGAGACCAGAGCUCGAAGUUCAGAAUCUUUACUUUCAGCAGAACGCAAACCCUAAUUUUGUACAUACUGAGCAGAUCAAGACCCUCUUCAUCUCGGGUUUACCUGAUGAUGUGAAGGCGAGGGAGAUUCAUAACCUUUUCAGGAGAAGGUAUGGAUUUGAAUCGUGCCAGCUCAAGUACACGGGGCGUGGGAACCAGGUUGUUGCUUUUGCAACUUUCUUUGAUCAUCAUGCUGCAAUGAUGGCGAUGGAUGCAUUGAAUGGUACGGUGUUUGACCCUCAGACAGGAGCAACUUUACACAUUGAGUUGGCUAGAUCAAAUUCAAGAAACAAACGCCAAAGAGGAAGUGAAGCCUAUACUAUUAUUGAUAAUCGAGAGAAAGUAUCAAAGGGUGACCAAGAAGGUUGGAGUAGUGAUGGAGUUGGUGGAUCCGAUGAACCAUCCGACAGUAAUCCUAGUACCAGCAAGAAGAGUGGUUUAUCUUCAGCACAGAGUGGUGAGACUGCUGAUCAAAUUAAUGCUCAAGAUAGUACCUCUGGUGCUCAUAAUGAGCAACUGGGAAAGCCUGUGGCAGGGGAAACCCCACUAUGUUCUACCCUGUUUAUUGCAAAUCUUGGUCCAACCUGCAACCAUGAAGAACUAAAUACUGUUCUGUCAAAAUAUCGUGGAUUUGAAAUGCUUAAAAUGCAAACAAAAGGAGGCAUGCCUGUUGCCUUUGCUGAUUUCCAGGAUAUUUCGUGCUCAACCGAAGCCUUGAAGGACCUCCAGGGAGUGUUAUUGCUAUCUUCCGAUCGAGGCGGCAUGCAUGUGGAAUAUGCAAAAUCAAAGAUGCGGAGACCUCAGGAAAAGAAAUGAGAGUAGCACAGAUUAUAUCAGCAUAAUAAUCCAAGGACCUGACAUGACUUCUAUAAUAUCGGGCAACAUCCUCUCUCUCUCUCUCUCUAUUUAUUUUGGAUUCUUUGUUAGAAACUAGAGAUCAUGGUGUUCAUGAGUUCGGAAUAUACGAGAGCAUACUGGCAUUUCUGAUGCUGAAGAUUUCAUGUUUAUGCUUGUAACAGAUUCUAGAAAGUUGUAUGGCAUGAGGUUCUGCUUCGAUAAGGAGAUUAUAUGGAUCUCAAUUAAAUUGAAAAUAUGUGGUUUGUCUUGAUUCCGAGCUAAUAAAUUGCCAACUAAACUUUACUAGAAGAAGAAA